AUGUUUCGUUUGGGAAUAAGACAGUUCCAUAGUUCUAGAGCGUUCAGAGCUGUACAUUUUGAUACCAGAAAGUUCAUGGUUCAAUUACAAAAUGAAGGUUUUACUUCGGAACAAAGUGAAGGUGUUGUUAAGAUAGUAUCACAAGCUUUAGCUGAUGGUGUUAAUUCUAUUGGUUCAACAUUGGUGACUAAAGAAACUUUGUCCAAGAUGACAUAUCAACAAAAAGUUGAUUUUGCUAAAUUAAGAGGUGAAUUACAAACUAUUGAUCGUUCAGAGUUCCAAAAUAUUGAAAAUGAAAAUGAACGUAUACGUAAUGAUUUAGAAAAAUUAAGAACAAGAAUAAGAGAAGAAAUUACCAAAGCGAAUGCUGGAGUUAAAUUAGAUUUAAAUUUGGAAAAAGGUAGAAUAAGAGAAGAAGGUUCACAACAUGAAUCUCAUAUAAGUGAAAUAAAUACAAGAAUUGAUCAAGAGGUUGCAAAUAUGAAGAUGCAAAUUGAUGGAGUUAAAACUCAAGUUAUGCAAUGGUUAAUUGGGGUUUGUACUGGUACUUUUGCCCUAGUGUUAGCUUACGUUAGAUUAUUAACUUAA